AACUUCAGAUCAGAUUUGGUCGCGUCAACAAUCGCAGUUUUAAAGGUUAAAACCGUUACUGUAUGGUCGAAGUUAUUCACAAUAAAAAUUAUGUAUUGACAAUGGAAGAAUUUAAUUAUGACAUUGUUUACGUUAUUCAAAAUAGAGAGUUUAGUGUAUUGAAAAAGUUAGUAUCAAAUUGUUAUAAUUUUCGUGAGAAAAUUGCCAUCAAAAUUGAAGCUGCAACUACAUAUGAAAUUGAAUGUAUAGGUAAGAGGACACAAAAUGCUCAUAAGAUAUCAGAAUUGCAACAAGAACUAGAAAAGUUAAAAUCUGAAAUGGAUGCAAUAAAGUUAGAACAGAAAGUUGUUGUGAAAAAGCUUUCUAAUGCAAUCAAGAAGCAAGAAGAACUGAAAGAAGAAGUUAAUGAUGCAAAAUUAAAGAGAGAUAGUUUAACUCUGGAAAUGAUCGAUUUACAACAAGAAUCAGAAAAAAGGAAAGAACAUAAGGUAGCAAAAUGGAAUGCUAUUAAACUUGCUUGUUUUUAUUAUAAGCAAUAUUUAGACUUCAGCAUACAUUUAACUGAAAAUGAGGAACACGAGCAAAUUAAAGGUUCUUUCUUUGUAUGUGACGCUGAUAUGAAAGAUAAAUAUUUUGUGUAUGUAACUAAUUAUGACAGCAUAUGGAGAGUGGAAACAAUUGAACCUGUGCUUAAAAAAGAACAUUUGAGAGAGUUCAAGAACAUUGUCGACUUCUCCAAACAAUCAGAAAUUUCGGAUUUAACUGCAUUUCUUUGUAAACUCAGGGAUAUUUUUGUUAAAUAUUAUUUAAACACGGAAAAUAUAAAAUGAAUAUGAAUAUUAUUAUCGUUGUUGCGCAGUAACUUUAGCCUUUUACUAAAAUUACGUGUUUUAAGUAAUAAAAAAAAAAAAA